UAAUUCUAGUCCCUUCCACUUCACAACCUUCCCCAUUAAAAUUUUGUGAGCAACAAAAAUAACACAUUUACUAUAUCUAGAGAUUCAACCAUGGCAUCCAUGCUAAGCUCAGGUACUGUCCUUAGACCAACCCCUUUUCUAGGACAAGGCAGGGGAGCUAAUGGAAACACCCUCAGAGAUGUUGUUCCUGUGGGAUCUGCCAAAUUCACCAUGGGAAAUGAUCUAUGGUAUGGACCAGAUAGGGUAAAAUACUUGGGCCCUUUUUCAGCACAAACUCCUUCUUACCUAAACGGUGAAUUCCCUGGAGAUUAUGGAUGGGACACUGCUGGACUAUCUGCUGAUCCCGAGGCUUUUGCACGAAACAGGGCCCUUGAGGUCAUACAUGGACGUUGGGCUAUGCUUGGAGCACUAGGCUGCAUAACUCCAGAAGUCCUAGAAAAAUGGGUAAAGGUUGACUUCAAGGAGCCAGUUUGGUUCAAGGCUGGAGCACAAAUUUUCUCUGAAGGUGGGCUUGACUAUCUGGGAAACCCGAACCUAGUCCAUGCUCAAAGCAUUCUAGCUGUGCUUGGGUUCCAAGUGAUUCUAAUGGGUCUAGUUGAGAGCUUCCGUAUUAAUGGACUCGACGGGGUUGGAGAGGGCAACGACCUCUACCCAGGCGGCCAAUAUUUCGACCCGUUGGGCUUAGCCGAUGACCCGGUUACCUUCGCAGAGCUCAAGGUGAAGGAGAUAAAAAAUGGAAGGCUAGCUAUGUUUUCCAUGUUUGGUUUCUUUGUACAAGCUAUAGUGACUGGAAAAGGUCCCUUAGAAAACCUCUUAGAUCACCUUGACAACCCGGUCGCAAACAAUGCCUGGGUAUAUGCCACCAAGUUUGUGCCUGGAUCUUAAGUUAGUUUGUAUAUGAUCUUUAGGUAAAUUCUAUUAAGAUGUUCAAAGAGAUCAAAUGUCUUAAUAUAAGAACAAUCUGUAGUGCACAUAUGGGAUUUUUGUUUUCUUAUUUUAGAAAAUUUCAAGAGCCAAGAAGAAUGACAAUGCUUCUUUAAAAUGA